CUUGAACAAAAACACUGAAAUGUAAGUCUGCAACUAAACUGCCAACCUCUUGAGAGGUUUUGAAAUACCAGGAACAAUCCUAAAUUUCAAGCUUAUCGGGAGGAAGCAAAGUCCACAAAAUGUUGAAAUUCUAGAUUAUGAGAUCGGGGCGUCCUGGAGGCUGAGCCAGGGCAAGCUAGCCGGCAGUAGGAUUUGCAAUGCCUGCAUGUAGAGUUCUCUGAGACCAUGGCAGGCGUUUUUGUGUGUGUGUACCAUUUCCUUGUUUGGGGAUGGUAUAUUUUCAUAAACUAUUCCAUCUCCCUCCCGAGAGCAGAGCGGCAGCCAUCUGAUGUGUUCCAUUAUGGCAGGCAAUGGAAAUACUUGACAGUUCUUAAUCUGCUUUUGCAGGCUAUUUACUAUGGGGUCACCUGCCUGGAUGGUGUGCUGAAAAGAACCAAGAAAAUGCAAGGCAUCAAGUUCGUUAUCUCUUCCAGAGACCUGUUUUUCACUGUCUUAGCUUUUCCUGUAUCCGCAUUUGUGUUUCUGGUUUUUUGGGCCCUCUAUCUGUACAACAGAGAGCUGAUCUUCCCUGAGAGUCUGGAAAAACUCAUUCCAGGGUGGCUGAAUCAUGCUAUGCACACUGCCAUAUUGCCAAUCUCACUGAUAGAGGUCAUGAUCACCCCUCACCGUUAUUCGUCCAAGAAGAAAGGACUGCUCUUGCUUGGCUGUUCUGCUGUUGCUUAUAUCUGCUGGGUCCUGUGGAUUUACACUGUAACUGGAAAAUGGGUGUACCCUAUAUUCAGUGUACUCAGUCCAGUGAGCUUAGCGGCCUUCUUCUUCUUCAGUUAUGUCCUCAUUGUCUGCAUCUACCUUCUUGGAGAGCAAUUGAACCGACUGAGAUGGGGUGACAAUGGGCAACAUAAGAAGAGAAAGGGAAAAUGAUUCUUGCUUUUUCCCCAAGUUAAAAAGAAAGAACACUCCAUGAGGACAAUCAUCUUCUCGGGGCCUGAUAACCAUAGUAAUAUAUAGUGCAUCAUGUGUUGGGAUUGGCAAGGCUGAGAGCAGGGGAGAUUAAGGGUUCAACUGUAAUUUGGGGAUUUGCAUGAUAUUUGUGCACCCACAGUACACUUAGGGUGGUAGAAAACCUCGUACUUAUCAAUGUUCAGGUGAUCUCCUCCUGAUGCCCUGCUGAGAAUGGCUCUUUAAGGGGUUAAAUUGCUGCCUGGCUAGAGCAUGGAGAAACUCACUUACCAGUGAUGAAGAAAGAUUUUGACUUAA